AUGCUACGAAUAAAUUAUUUCACCGAAAAUGCGAAUCAAAAUAGAAAGUUCCAUUCAUCAAGAGAGAAAUUGGCCAAAACGAAAGCGAAUUGUGUGCGGUUUAACUUUUGACGUUUGGAAUGUUGUGUUCGCUUGCCCAACACACAUACACAUACAUUAAGGUCGCUCAUCGGACUCACACACCGGUAACGAUCAGCUGUCAAACAAGGGUAGCGUAAACAAAACAACACAUUUUGUUAAGGGUUGCGCGAGGACAGAGAAGGGUGGUUUAUCGUGGGUUUUUUUUUUUAUUUUGAUGUGUCAUUCACAGUAUAUUGACGCGAUUGAUUCGUAAUUAGGAGAAAACGCAAACCACAAGGCUGUGGCCAAUGUGUACAAACACAAGCAGUCUGCUAAACGAAACGCGCGUCCCACAAAGAAAUCGAACGUAGGGACAAAGUGUUUUGUGUGGCCGUCAGUGCUUCAGUUAGUUGUGCAUUCGAGCGCAGAAACACAAUGCAUAGCGUAUUGAUGAUGCUCCGUGUCGUCAUCAUCGCUAUCCCUUGUGACCGCCGAUAAGAAAGAAAAGUUCUGGAGCUGGUAAAGACAAGGCUGCCACAGUUUGUGCACAGCUUUUGGUGACAUUUUCUUCUCAAUGCACAACCGCCACAAACGACGAUCGGUGCGAUAUUCCGUGACUGCUACCCCAUUGCUGGAUCUACGUGAAACCAUUCUGCCAGCUGUGCGAUUUUGUACGUUUAGAGCGGUUUGCAGUGCACUCGGCUUGACUAACGAAUCCAGAACGUACCGCUUCUAUUCCCGAUUGGACGACGGUUGGUUGGUAAGAACAGAUUGGAAGAACGUAAGGCUUACGUUGCUGCUGCCGCUUCAAGAUGAGCACGGUAGACGAUUUGAUACCACUGAGUAAUGAGACUGUAGGCAAUUCCACUUUUUUCGCAUAUAUUGGACAAUACAUUGACUUGGACUAUUCGAUAUGGUUGUACCGGUUGCUUACACCGGUGCUGGUUACAUUCCUACUGCCUUGCGCAUUUGUGCUGUUAAUUUACUGUACCAUAUCAUUUCUCUACAUUUACAAGCUGCACAGCCGGUUUAUAUUGCAGGUUUAUAAUGAGGGAGAUUUUGACUUCUGGGAUGUUGCUCGAACCCUCGUCGCCGUUGUAUGGGAUGCCCACGGGUGGAUAUUUCAUGGUUAUGAAGUUUGUGGCUUAGAGAAUUUACCGGAAACUGGCCCAGCGCUGAUCAUCUACUACCACGGUGCGAUCCCGAUCGAUAUGUAUUACUUUACUGCACGCAUCUACCUGAAGAGACAACGUCUGAUUUAUACCGUCGGUGAUCGGUUCCUUAACAAAGUACCCGGGUGGAAGCUGCUUGCCCGCGUCAUGAAGAUCAGUCCCGGCACGGUACAAUCGUGUGCGAGCGUAUUGCGCGACGGAAACAUGCUGUCGAUUGCACCGGGAGGCGUGUACGAAGCACAGUUUGGUGACAGCAACUAUGAACUUCUCUGGCGGCAACGGGUUGGCUUCGCUAAGGUGGCCAUCGAUUCGAAAGCGCCCAUCAUUCCGAUGUUUACCGAAAAUCUUCGCGAAGGCUUUCGUUCCGUCGGUCUAGCAAAACGCCUAUUCAUCAAACUGUACAACGCGGUCCGGUUCCCGGUACGACCAAUCUACGGUGGGUUUCCGGUCAAGUUCCGUACACAUUUGGGCGCACCGAUACCGUACGAUCCGUCCCUGACGCCCGAGGAUCUGCAGGAGAAGGUCGCGUAUGCGAUCGAGGAGCUUAUCAACAAGCACCAGCGUAUCCCAGGCAGCAUAUUCCAUGCACUGAUGGAUCGUUUCAUCACCAGAAAGGCAAAAGCAAGAUGAAACCCGUGGCCCGAACGUGCGCAUUCACCGGUUUAUGUUUCCUUUCCGUACGAUUAAAUGUUUUACCUUUUUUCGUGGUAGGUGCUAUUGUGGUUCUGCGUGUCCCAAAACGUAAAACACGUAACAGAACAAAACGAUCGGAUGUAUUUAAUAUAUCUGUACUUAAUAGAUGUGUAAAUUACAAAUGAGAUUUAAACAAA